AAAAGAUACAAGGCGCUGAGUACAACAAUUUAGCAGCGCGGGUCUGGGCUUGAGGCGCUGCGGGCUGACUACUUACCUCGGGGACAGGUCAGGCGAGGUCAAACCCUUGGUGGCAGGAUGGGGGAGCCACGACGGUGCUGGCUGCGCUGGCACAACUACAGUGACUCCGUGACGUCAGCACUGGAGGCCCUGCGUUACGAUGAAGACUUUCUAGAUGUCACUGUGGCGUGCGAGGGGAACACUGUCAGGGCGCACAAGCUGGUGCUGUCUGCCUGCAGCGCCUACUUCAGGAAAGUGCUCAAGGACCAUCCGUGCGAUCACCCCAUCAUCAUCCUGGACGGCCUGGGGUGGCAGCAGGUGGUAGCACUGUUGCACUUCAUGUACUGCGGGGAGGUGGUGGUGGAGGAGGACCAUCUGGCUGACCUUCUGAACGCAGCAACCAGCCUCAGCGUGACCGGUCUCUCCCACGUCACCUCGGCCCUCAUCAGCAGUCAGGUAACCCAAGAUGAGAGUGACGAGGACUUUGAGGAUGAGGAGGAGGACGAGGAGAUGGAGGACAACCAAGCACAAAAAGUCUCAGAGUCCACAAACGUGAAGAACGAGGGUGAGAGUGAAGGAGACUCAUCCUACGACAGUGACGCUCCUCCGGCCAAGAGGCAGCGCACAGAGGAGCCAGACAAGUCAACAGAAUGCAGCAGUACGGCCGAAUCUCAGUCAAGCAGAGAGGCAUUGCUAGCGGCUACCACUAAGCAGGGCCAGGCCGAGUGUAAACCCACCUUGGCUGACGACACUGCCUUCACCACCACCACCACCAGCACCUCUACCACCACCAGCACAUCCAGCACCACCAAUGGUCCCCUCAAGAAGGAAGCUCUCCCACCCACCACACCUGCUGUCCCACCAAGCAGCGACAGCAGUAAUAAAGAAAAUGAAAAGAUGGCAGACAACCACACCGACAAAAACGUGAAGGAAGUUAGAAGUACCGGCAGCAAAAUGUUGAAUGGCGACUCUUGGGUCAAGGAGGAAGUGGAAGAGGUUUCGGUGGAUGGAGAAAUGAUCAUGGGCGGCAAGCUGAGCCAGAGUGACGGGGACAGCAACAGCAGCAAUCCUGUGGCCGGGUCAUCCACUCCUCCAGGGCCAGUCAAUUACAUUUCUUUUCUGGCAUCCGAGGGCCUUUUUCCUCCCACCUGUAGCAGCAAGGCAGGCACCACGCUGCUCCUCUCCACACCAGGACUUGGUAACACGGCCAUAAGUGAAGGCCCCUUGAGCAUGGAAAAGGUGGUACAGAGGGUGCUGCUGCCGUCCCUCCCAAGCACAGGCACCCUUCCAACCAGCCUGACGCAGCAGAUGGCCGGCACAGGGCCUUGUUCUACUACCAGCACCACCAGCACCAGCCAGCCAUACAUCCACCCGUCACUUGUGUCAGGGAAGGAGGUGCAAGCCACUUUGGAGCAAUACCAGCGCAAGUUAGCAUUCCACGAGCCCCGGCCUUGUCCAACCUGCAAGAGGAUGUACAGGGAUGCUGCCACACUCCGCACCCACAUGGCCAUCAUGCAUGCCGAAGGGAAGGAGCCAUUCUCAUGUUCUUGCGGUGCCUUGUUCCGCACCAAAUACGACAUGUACCAGCACAAGAAGAAUGGCCAUCGGUAAGCCUCCCAGCCGACCCUCCAGACCAAAGAUGCUGCUUCAUUGGAGAGGGAAGUAGCAUUGAAACAGUCUUUUCAUGCAUUGAUUUUUUUUUUUUUUUGUCAGAUACAAUUUUUUUUAACCACCAAAGAUUAUUGAAGACUCAAGUUACCAACUACAAUUUGGCACAAAACUUAGGGUAUGUAUAAGGUGAUGUGUUGUCUUCUCAGCACUGUUUGGCUCAAGUCUGAGGUGAGCAAAUUUUGAGUUUGAAUAUGAUUUAUGGGACUAAUAGUAUAAGAAUGUUAAGAAAGACACUAUUUGUGCCUGGGAUUCGCGUCGCUUGGUUUGAGCUUCGUCCGUCUCUUCACUACCUGUCUGUCGUCAUUACUAACCUCCCUUGUGAUGUUGUAGUCGCAUUUAUGUUCUUGAACCAACAAUCAGAUCUUGCUCAACUAGCAAACCAAGUGUUCCCUGGUGUUGGGUGGUGCCUCAAGCCACACACCUGUACUGGACUCUCCCAAGGCUAGCGUCCUCAUAAUGACUCCCUCCCUUUUGAGGUCCGGUGCUGUUGAAACUUUCCCAGUGGAUAAGUGGUAACGUAGAAGUUAUAGUGUUAAGGAUUUUCUUGUGCAUGAGAUUGCCAGCAGAAGGUGACGCUGCCUUCACGUCAUGCCGCCAAGAGAAGGAUUAUAUUUGUUGUCAGCCAUCAGUGAGAGGCGUUGGUGGUGGAAUAUAAGUGUGUGCUUUCUUAGUACGGGAAUGGCAUAUGAAUGAAUGAGGGUGAGUGAGUGAGUGAGUGAGUGAGUAGGUGAGUGUCCUUUGUGGUAGAUGGCAACACAAUCUGUUAACCUUCUUAUGAGCUUACUAACGUAUUUAUGAUCGUAUUUAUUGAAAUUCUGAUGAUGAGGAUUAUAGCAGAUAGCAGUGGUUCAGUUCCGGUACCUUUGAUCUCAAAUUAAAGGAAAUUUGUUUUGCAUUGCCAUGUGUGAUGCAGUGUUGAUUUGAUAUGAUGAUAUGUUUUAUCACAUCUAACUUAUGAUAUGAGAAUUCCUGAUGAAAAGGAAAUGAUAUGACAUACCAAGCAGCUUAGGUGUAACUUUGUAGGAACUGAUGUACAAAGAGUGUGCAUGGAGCUGUUACCUUGUCUGGUGCAGGCCUCGAGGGUUGAGGUUGUUGGCCAGCGCCGCACCACAGCAGCUGCGCGGCCGCCUUGCAACUGGUUACCAAUCAAGCCAAUUGAGUUAGAGCUUACUUAUACUUACCAAUGGGAAAUUAUGGUUGUGUUAUAUUACCUUCUGUUAAGGUUGAGGGAAAGUUACCACCAAGUAGUUUUAGUUUGCACUUUUUUCCAUUGAGAUGUUUCUUUUGUUACCAAAUGAUGGUGAGUAGAAUUUUUAUUUUAUUUAGUUUUAAGAAAUUGUUGCUGUACAUUCACUUUCCAGAACCAAAUAUGCAGCCAAGUUUGAAGAGUUGGGUGAAUGAGGAGUGAAUCAAGCCUUUGUACUUCUGUGAAGUUACAACUUUUCCCUUGAGCAGGGGUUGGGGUGUGCCUUAACUGAGUCCUCUCAUCAGUAUUGAUAGUACAACCAUGACAGCAAGACCUGCAGCCACCUAGAUCCGUUUCUCAGUGUUUCUUGAUGCCAUCAAUGGCAUGAAUCGCUGGCAACAUUAAAGCAACCUCUUAGUUAUUAUAACCAUCAUCACCAACAUCGCCGCCACCACCGCAAUCAUAUCAUCACUCACCGCGUAUCCACCCAUGAACAGUUUGGGAAUUAAGUUCAUAUAAAAAUCAAAAUGUAGUCAGUCUGAGUAGUACUGUAGUGCAAAGAGCCUCAGAUUCAUAAUACUCAGCUCAGAAAACUUACUUGAGAUGCAGUAUGAUAUUUAUAUAACCAACUCUCACUGUGAUCAGGUGCUGGCUCCUGUGCCAAGUCCUUUUGAUAUCCUACCUUCCAGUGUUGGUGUGUGGCUCAGGGGCUGGGGUGCACUGACAAUAAAUGAUUUGAAGUAGAUUUCAUCCUUGCCAAAAUAUUGUAAAGUUGCAGAACAUUCUAACGUGAUUUUUCUUUUAAUCUGGAAUCACCAUUAAGUAGUAUAUUUUGUGCUUUGCUAAAAACUCAAAAUAUUAUCCAAGUUAUGUUUGUCUUAUAUUUCUAAUGUUUAUACAAUUUUUCAUUUUUACACCUAUCAGAGAUAUCUUUCUCAUGCCCUCGCAUCAUCCACUAUGAGGUUGCUUUGCCAGUCAGCAGUGCAUUGGUGUCAUGACAGGAUUUUUUUUCAUUUUUGUGACAAGGUUGGACUAUUGGACCAGAGCUUUUAGAAUAUUGACUCCUCAUUCCUCUGUGUGGCUUAUGGCUGGGAUGGAUUCAGCUUGUGGUUGAGAAGAUAGUAAUUUAGUGAACAUUUCUGAUAUGCAAAACAAAAACGAAAAAGAAAAGGGAUUACUUGGAAUGUGAAUGUUUGCUGUCCUUUCCACUGUGUACCAUUUUAGUUUGCCAGUCACAUUCAAGUAUCUAUAAUGCACAGGAGUAUGGUAUUGGCAAUGGAUUGCCAUAUUGGUAUAAAGUUCACAAUGCGUAAUAAUUAAUUAUUUUUUUGGUGUGUGUGUGUGCAUGAAUUGUAGUAAUAGCACUUCUGGGAAGAUUAUAUUUGGCUUGAACAGUGGAUAUUAUACUUUCUGCCAUUUUUCUUCUUUUUUGUUUCAGAAAGCUUCCUAGGAUCUUGUUUGAUGUGUGUGUGUGUGUGUGUGUGUGUGUGUGUGUGUGUGUGUGUUACCCAUAUCUUUUGUUCUGUAAGCUUUCAGAUACUGUAAGUGCUGUACCAUUAGCUGCCAUUGGGGCAUUGUUGCCAAUGGAUUGGAAGGGUCUUGGACUGAUAGUGAAAUUUGCUUGACAUGAAUCACUCAUGUGUGAUCAGCAUGUUACCAAUAGUCUUACUUGUUUUAGAAGGAAGCUGUUUUUGUUAUGAAAAGUAGGUUUUACUGGUAUGCUUGUGACUUGAGUGAGAUGUUGUCAACACAGCUUGGUGAUAUGGGGCCAGGGUUCAGACUCAAGUCUGGUGUACGCCUCACUGGUUACUCUCCGGUGGAUGAAACUACCUAUUCCUGAGGCAGGUAUUGACGAAUUAGCCUAGAGUCGUAUCUCCAUUACCUUUCUUGAAAGGGUUUACUACCGGUGGUUCGAAAUAUUUAUGCUAACCUUCAUUACUUAAAUGAAGGAAUAUUAAGGUGUGUUUGGGAGAAAAAUGUUUAACAUGCAUUGACAAAUCUUUCAUAGUCCACUGUCAAACAUUAUAUGAUGUACUAUUAUAAGUGCUAUGUACAAAUGUCAAGGAAAAUGGUUAUAAACUGUGAUUUUGUUGGAGCUGAUGACUUCCAUGGAUUAUUGCUUCAGGCUUUCCCUCAGUUGUUCAAUGAUCACAGUUACAAAGAUGUUCUGAAUGUGUGACUGAAACUUGCCUGAAGCUUUCCUGCAUCAGACAGUUUUAGGUAAUGCUUAGGCCGGGCCCAGACCCUUAGUGGUCUGAGAGCUGUGAUAAGUCCAUAAAGCAGAUGGUAAAUUGGUGAUGGCUUCUAAAGCUUUUCAUGAUUUUUUUGGCAACCAUAUCAGUGACCAGAUUUUACCAUUGACUUAAGCGUGUCCAGAAAUUGUAUAUCAUGUGCUUUAGCCAUUGGAACUGUCUGGGGCACAUUGCACCCAUCAUGCUUCCUUUGCACACAUCGGUGCUCUGGGCAGCUGUCCAGAAUGUUGCAGGAUGCCACAGGAUGUUGUGCAAUGUCAGUGACAUUUGCAUCAGCUGCAGUGUUGCUCAUUUCAUGAAAUUCCUGUUUAUUUGUGUGUUAACAUCUGUUUUAGUAGAUUUUGUUCAUAUGUUAAAGGGUACAAUUUUAAGGCAAAAAAAUUCCUGAACUGUCGUUGAUGGCAUGUGAGGCUGUGCUAAGCCUAGUGUGGUGAGCACUACCACCGUUGGUUGCCUUAAAAGCAGAGCAUCAUUACUGUAGUUGGAUAGGAUGAUAAGGAAUUUUUUACACUUUAAUAUCCACAUAAAUCUUCCCAAAGGAUGACUAUCUUUAAACAGUAAAGUAAAUGAUAAGUUUUGUCUUUGAAUAAGACUAUGCUGAGCACCAUUAGUUAGUUGAUUCUGGCACAAACUGUGGAAACUUUCUCCUGAUCUGUUGCUCCAGAUAGCAUUAAGGUAUCUCUUAGCAAUUUAAGUUUGUAUCAUAGGCAUUUAAUAGAGAUAGACUCUUGUACAUUUGUUAAUAGAUUAUAGUCAGUUUUUAUACAGUUUGACAGCUGUGGUGCAGUUACCAUUUGACUGCCAGUGUUUACCUAAGAUAAAUUUAGUUACCAUUGGUGGACCUGGGUGUGCGUUCUCCUCCCUCUCGUUCUUGCCUGUAGGAAUACACUGAACUCAUUCACACCUGCACUCAGACUCACCUCCCACGGGUUGGAAAACAAUAUUUUUCAACAACUUUUAAAUAUACUUCUAAAAUACAAUUUCAUUGAGGGGGACAUAAAUUUACUUAGGUUAAUAUAAUACUGUGGGCUACAACCUCAAUACUCUCCACCUAUUUUUUGAAAUAAUUAUAAAGCCCUUGGUUGUAUAUUUUUGCUAAUCUUACUCAAAGCUUAUGAGGGGUCUUCAAGUUACCAUAAAGUUUUCAUCGAAGCAGGGAUAGUUAUUUAAUGGCUUUGAACAUUUGUUCCAUUUGUCAGCACAUUUAUGGAACUUAGAAUGUAAGCCAUUUGUAAGCCAAUUUUAAGGAAGUCAGGGUUUUGCAACAUAAAUCAUUACAGCUCCUGACAUCAUCAGCGGCUGAAAAAUGAAUUCCCUCAAGGUGUGUCUUAUCAGUUUAGGAAUAGAGAGAAAUCAGGUGGGGUUAUAUCUAGACUAGAAAAUGGAUGACAAAGUAAUUCCUAUUGGAUUUCAUGCAGAGUUGUCUCCUCAAGACAAGAGAAAUAAAUAGGUAUGUUUAUUGUGGUGAAAGUGGACUCUGGUGAAGUUUUUGAGGGCAUUUGUUUCCAGUGUAAUAUUUUUUCAACAUUCCUGAGUGGUAGCUUGCAUCUGUCAUGUGCUGACUUUAAAGGAAAUUCUCAGCAGCCUACCUUGUGUAUCCUGGAAGCUCCAGCCUGGAUUGGUGAGGGUUGCCGUGGUUGGUGCAUAUGUGUCCCUUGGUAGCCAUUGCUUUGACUGGUGCCUCUUUUCAAGGUCAUACAGAUAAACUCGGAUGUUAUCCCUGAUAACAAAUCUUUACAAGGUCUUCAUAAUAUGCAUCCUACAGUUCCAACUUUUCAUAGAUUAUUUUUUUACCAGCUGAUCCUCACACAACAGUUAGCUCAUUGAGCACAGAUGUUGCUCAUCUUCACUCUGAAUUUUGUAUGGCUUAUGUGGACACUAUGAACAUCCCCAGGGUCUGCCAUCAGCACUGUAAUACAAAGAUUUUCUUCAAUUGCAUUCAGACAGGUGGUGCCAAGAGAGACUUUUUUUGGGGGGGGGAGCUAAAGUCUACCUGAAAAACCCCUUAGCCUCCCAUUAAUUUUGUAUGAAUUAUUGUUUUUUUCUCUUGGUACAGCCUCGGCUCACCUUUGCUUCCCCCUUGUCCUGCAUUAUAGCUUAAAUGUCAUUUUAUUGUUGAUGGAGGUUGUUGGUCUGCUACAGCAUUUGUAAGGAUUGAUAUCUCCCCUUCCACUUGAUAACUAUGAACAAGGCCUCCAUGAAGCAUAGACCUCAAGUGUCUUUUGCCCUAUCUAAGUAUGACCAAAAGUUUGAGGCGGUGGCCAAGUGGUUAGCGUGUGGGUGUGGCACCCAGGAGGAUGUGGGUUCGCGUUCCGCUUGCCACCACAAGCUGGGGGUUUCUGUCACCACCGAGUGGCCUAAGACUAUAUACAUGCCCUCCUGAAGACCACCUAUCAACCCGGACUCUAGAUUCUCUCUCUAAAAAAGAGGAUCAAAGAUGAGCUCCUUGGGGAACCACAUGAGCCAAGCAAGAUGGUGCCACUAUAAACACUUGCCUGUACCAUAAAAGGCUGGGGCCGACCACCAGGCCCCACCAAGGAAGCCUACUGGCACCAUAGGAAGAACAUAAAAAAAAAAAAAAAAUAAAUAAAUAAAUAAAAGAAU